GUCGCGUCAGUCGUCGUGUACGUGUACGCGCGCGUGUUUGCCGCUCUACAAACUGCACCAGACCGGUGGUGCGCGCGUGUUGUUGUGUGCGCGUCAAUCGUAUACACAUAAACACACGCACUAUAUCCAUAGGUACACCGAACACCCACCACCAUCCUCAUCACUACCGUCACUUCUCAUUCACACCGCACACCGUUGUCACUGUUACUGCAUCCACCACCGCCGACGCCACCACCAUCCGCGACGAUCGUGGUUUCCGCUACCGAAUCGCCGCAGCACCACCUGAUGGAUCCGCGCCGGACCGUCUGACUGCCGUGGUGCGAUAUACGUCGACCGCGACGACACUGGCACUGCAUCGCUCGCGCAUCGUAUUUUUUUCGCCGACACGACAGGCACCGACAUUAUUGUCGUCGUGCAACCGUCGACACACUGUUCGCCACAUCUCAUCGCGGGAUCAAAUACCGCGUCCGGUUCGAAUAUAUUUUGGUUUGCGGUUGUCCCCCUGCAGGAUAUAUCGCUUUAAAACAGUACAGGACUGCGAGUCCAUCGCCAUGUUGCGCUUCGAAGCAUGUAUGUCAUCUUCCCGGCGGACGAAGUCGUACAGCUGUCAUUCGGUCGACCCACAACCCGUCAGCGUCAACAGCAGCGGUCUGGUCAACGUUGCUAUUGCAACCAACACCGUACUGUCCCAGUCGUGGAUGGCGGUAACAAAUUCUUAAGAAGAGAUCAACCGAUGAACUCAAUGGCCUCAGCGAUGGGUGAUGACCUAUCGCUCAGGGACCUUACGCAUCCGGCACUGAACGAAUCUUUAAAAACGCACAAUGCCGCUACCUUCAAGCUCGUCAAAACAGUAUCUGAUUUCACGCAAGAGUUGUCCCAAAUGUACGAACAACACGCAGCCGAGCUGCAACUGCUAGUCACGAAUUUCAGAAAAAAAAACACCGAUCUCAGGAAGGACAGGCCCUCAUUCCCUAGCCAAUUAUUUUACACAUGGGAGACGUUCCUACAAGAAGUAGAGACGGACUCAAAGUCAAUCAGUGAUGUAGCUAAUGUACUUGGUCGACAAAUUUCUAGACCACUUUUAGAUAGGUCAUUCCAUCGAAAAGUACAGUCACGUAAGGUAUUCAGUCAAAGGGACUCAUUGGAAUUGAUCCUGCAAAAGUCAGAGGAUAAACUAUCAAAAUGUAGAGAAGAUUACAAACGUUCUUUCCUUGCCCAGCUGUCUUCUCCAAAUAGCUCAGCGUCCUUAUCUUUGUACCUCGAUGCCCACAACGCCUACGUCACACAGCUACAUGCCACCAAUGGUAUGUUCGACCAGUACAACCAAUAUGUACUACCACAACUUUUACAGGAAUUAGAAGAUGUUUACUCGGACUUAUGUAUGUCCCUGUCGGACGCGGUUCUCCAAGGAUCCGAUGUCAUAUACAAUAAGUCCAGUGAUCAAUCGAAGAGAUACAACGCUCUGGGAUCCCAAUGCCGACAGCUGACACCUGGUUCGGAUUUAACCGCGUUCGCCCGGUCUCUAACACCAUUACCCACUACGCCACACUUGUUGCAGCGGACUCGAAACUAUUGUCCGCCACAAGCUCCGACGGACACUGAGGGAUUGAUUUUGGAACCUGGCGUAACGGAAGCUAUAGCACAACUGGCAUUAAAAAACGAAUUGAUUGUCGACAGACUGGCCAGCCUGGAUGUGAGAGCUGGAUAUGAUACUAUAAGAGCGGAAUUGAUGGACCUUGAGUCUCAGAUGAAACAGAUACAAGAUUCAGUGGAAACGUUUAAGCGCUUACAACAAAGGAGCUUGGAACAGUCAAUGUUCACCAAGGCAAACGAACUACAAGAGGAUAUUAGCAUCAAGAAAUUUGAAUUUCGUACCGCACAAAUGCACCUAGCAGCCGUCAAGUCACAGAAAGAUCUGUUCGCAUCCAAGCUAGAAACGACCGAAUCAAACGCAAGAGAUAGAAAACUUUCGUCGUCGUCCAGUGGCAGUAUGAAAUCCAAAUGGUUGAAGGCCAUCAAAAGCCUGAAGACGACUAGUGGGCCAACUAAUAACAAUACUACACAAAAGGAUGAAAAGAAACACCAAAUGUACCACGCGGUAUCAACCAUAAUUGCAAUGAGGAAAACUGGUCGUGACGGAAAUCCACAAUUCUCAGCCAACACAGAAACGGCGCACCAGUUCCAGGAGUAUACGUAUAAGAAAAUUACACCGUGCGAUUUUUGUUCACAAGUGCUUAGAGGGCACACCAGGCAAGGUCUUAAAUGUCGAGUGUGUAAGAUGAAUGUGCACUUAGACUGCCAGGAGAAAGUUACCACCCGGUGUCAGGUGAAGUCGCGGCUAUUGCGCCGUCAAAAGUCUACGUCUGAGAUCGAGACGAAGAUGGCGGCGAUGAACGUGACGGGCCGCGACGACGACGAAACGGAAUCACACGUCGUCGGCACGUCUUCGGCCUCCUGCAGACUCCCGGAAUCGGCAGCACCCAGAAGGCGGAGACUGUUCGGCGGCGUCAAGAGCUUUACAAUGUUCGGUGGCAGGUCCCAAACACAAGGCCGAUCGAUAUCGUUACCCGAAAGCCAGACCACCUGCUAUUCUCAGGGACAAGACAAGCAUUUUUGGACUCGAUCAGUCCCUACCGCUCCACACAGUCCUCGACGACCGAAACUCAAUUCACGCAUGAAGAGCUUUUCGCUGGACUCGUCGGAUACCGCAGAACAAGCACAAAGGCGACGGAUGGGCGGCAGUUGCACUGGCAGUGGUGGUGGCGGCAGCGGCAGCAGCACUGGACUACAACAGCAGAUGGAAAGCUAUUCAAAUCCUUCGUCCUCAUCUAGAUUGCAAUCUCCGUCUAGCCCAGUACACAACCGACGUCUGCUGUCAACCAGGACCAUACGGAUGAGCUCCGUCGAAUUACCCGACGACAACGAUAAAUCACUGUCGUCGGCAAGUACGUCUCCGUGCCCGUCGCCGGUGAGAUAUUCACAAAAACCACACAGGCUGUUACCAAAUAAUCUCUAUGUGGUGCUGUAUAAUUUCAAAGCUCGUCGAGAAGACGAACUGGAUUUGAAGGCUGGAUACAAGGUGACCGUUAUCGAUACAUCGGACCCGGCCUGGUGGAAGGGUAAAUGUUUCGGUCGCGUCGGUUACUUUCCAUACAAUUACGUGACCAAAGUGCAGCCUGGUGAGAGGCCGUGGCAAGUCACAAUCAAUUUACAGGUGUUGGAUGUUGACAAUAAUCCACUCACAUUGCUAAGAGAUCAGAUUGUUAUCCAAAUUGGUGAAGGACCCGACGGCUCGGUAAUGAUCCGGAACGCAGAGAACAAACAGGGAAUGUGCCCGGUGAAGUUCCUGCAAGAGGUGUGACAAUUGAGUGAGCGAUACGUGACGCAUCGCUUUUCUAUGUCUCGACGACCUUUCUUGAGCCCAUCUUUGCCCUCGGACUACGAGAGAUACGACGACGACCGGCCUUGCGGUCGUCGACAUUCCAACUCGCAGAACCGACCGCUAUUGGUGAUCGGUCAACGUUGAAACAAUCCGCGACGCCGAAUUAUACACAUACACACACACACACACACAUACACACACACACACACACACACCACACACACACAUAUACAUACAUUUAUACAAAAACUAAAAUUUACACUCACACACACACAAAUAUUAUAAAAGAUCAUAUAAGCAAUACCCCUUAAGCAACCUCCUUAAACAACUUCCUCGUAGCCAAAGAAACUAGCUAACUACCAACCAGUAGGCUAUCACCACCGUUGCCAAAUUAUACCCCAUCCACCUCUCUCGUUCUAUUUUGUUGUACAACACUGAUAUUACGUUCGUCCUAGAUACCACAAAAAUAUAAUAAUAAUUCACCGUGUUGCCUACUCGUUAGGCUUAUUUGUGGAGCAUGUAUAACGUGUGUGCGUGUGUGUUGUUGUUAUACUUAUUCAAUCGAUUUAUAGAAAACUGUAUACCCUCUUCAUAUUUGUGCCAGAACUAUAUUAUGUUUUAUAUAUAACGAUUCAACGACUCAUCUUCAUCCCUAUACAUAUACAUAUACGUAAAACUUCUAUUUUAUACGCGAACACACAUAAUAACAUUAUAAAUAUAUUAUGUAAACAAAAAUAAUGACCAAUUUUCUUGAAAAAAAAAAUCUAACGAAAAAAAUGUAUUAUUUUAGCAUAUUAUUAUAAAUACGAUCUCUCUGUAAUAACAUAAUUUAUUUUAGUCUGCAGAGAAAUCCUCACUUAUACGCGUGUGUAAAAUCAAAAAACAUAAUCAUUUUGUAAGCCUUUUGGGUUAAAACAAUAUUUUAACGUAAUGUUCAUACAACUAUAUUAUAUUAUAUUAAUAUUUUAUAUUACUAUAUUAUAUUGGUAUAACGGCCUAGAUUUGGAUUGUGUUUUACCGGCUGUCCACCCAUAUUUAUUUUUUUUAUUACUAAAGAAAUGUUAACAAAAAAUACUAUCACAACCAGACACUUAGACAUAUUAUAAUAUUAUUGGUUUUAAUAAUCGUUUAGCUAUGUUAUAUGUAUAAAUUAUACACUUUAUCGUACGGAAAGCUAUAAAUAUAUAUAUAUAUAUAUACAUAAUGUUAUUUUGUGGUUAAAACUAUUAAUAAUAAUAAUAUAUAAACCAAAAAAAAAUUUAUUAUACCUUACGCUGAGUAAUACUUUUUGUCCGUCACUCUUUACCGUUUCGGAUAUGGAGAUAAUUUACUAUAUAUAUUAUAUAUUAAUAAUAUAUUAAGUUAUAAAAAAAAUUUGAAAAAUAAAAAUAUUUAUAUUUAGGGUACCUCGCGUGUCCCCGCCAUGGCCCAAAUUAAAUUUAUAAUAAAACAAUCUUCGACUGCUGUCUCUAUAAUAGUAUAAAUAUAAAUUCAUGUUAUAUAAGAUUAUAUGUGUAAUGUGUAUAUAUUGGUACUUCCGGUAUGUUUUUUUUUACACAAUAAUAAUAAUAAUAAUACGCUACUCUCCGCCCGUUGAUUUUGAGCUUCUGAUACCCGUCCAUAUCAAGCAAACACACACAAACAUACAUUCAUAAAAACUUCCUACACAAUAUUAUACUAUUAUGAGUGAUUAACGUAGGCUUAAUAUUUUUUUCUUCUGUCGUACUGGGAAACAAUUACAAUAAUACUUUAUUUUAUCAUGCUGGCGAUAAGCAAAACCUCAUAAUAAUUUUCCACAAUGUUUAAAUUAUAUGUACAAUUGUACAAUGCAUAUUAUAAUAUUUAUAUACCUAUAAUCCUACACAUACUGUACGCGACUAAAAAAAAAUAUGUGUACAAGUUUAAAAACACAUAAAAUAUGAAAGUUUUUCUCUCGUUUUUUAUGAACCGUGAUUAUUAUAAUAUACGCGUGCGAGGUGUGACCGAGAAAGAUAACCUAGCUGAUUUUCGCUUUACGCUUAACUUAAUCAAUCGACAUGCAUACAAUAAACCAAGUUUAUCUAUCACAAACAUUUUUAGACUUGUUUGGAGACUGGAUUAUAACUUUACUGUUCAGCAUUCUACGUGAUUAUCAUUCUGUCCUUCAACAAAAAUAAAAUAUUCUACUAUAAUUCGCCACCCAGUCACCUAGAACAUAAGUAUGGUAACUCAUAAACUGCCCAUUUCGAGAUACACAUUAUCUCUCUUAAUGUAAAACUAAACAUGCUUGAUAAAUACUGUUUGUAUGACUUUAUGCAAUAUGUAAUGGGUACCCAGCAAAUUAUAAGAUUAAGUGUAUAAUUAUCUUGAUACUCAUAGUAUCUAUUCUAUUUUAACAUAAAUCUUUUAACUCAAUUGUUUAGUGAACUAGGUGUAUCACAUUUAGUGGACAUUGUACCGUUUUUGAGCUCUGAACCCCGUAUUUGUCCAGCAUUGGUGAAAAUUAAAAAUAUUAUUUUUUUUUCAAUUUAUUUUGUAUGAUAAAAUAUGAACAUUGUCAAUAAUUAUUAAUAAAAUUGACAUAAUUUAUUAUUCUUACAUGAAAUAUUUUGUUAUAUUUUAAACAAAUAAUUUACAAAAAAAUAGUAUUCAGACGUUAUUGUCGAACACUGAUAAAAUUUUAGUUAAUUGGCGUAAAACAACAAAAAGUAUGUUUUUUAGCUUUACCCAAUAGUAAUUGCCAAUUCUUAAAUAAAAUUUAUAAAGUAUGUGACCAUUUUGGCCGUUUUAGACAGGAAUACGUAUAAUGAUACUAUAGUGUCUAAUACACGUAUUAUGUCUUAAUGGUAGGACAAUAUUAUGUUUAUCAGAUUAAUCAAACAUACAACUAAACUUAAUGCUAAAAACUGUAUUAUCUUUUAUGAAAUCGGCGCUUACGAGAAUUACUUCACCCUGAAAAAAUAUAUACACUGUAGAAAUGGUUAAACAUUUGACAUAAUAUAUAUAUGUAUUAUAUAUAAAUAUAUAAUGUAAAGCACAAUCGGGUACAUCCGAGUACACGCCUUAUAUCUUCGUAAACUACAUAAUAUGUAUAUAAUAUAUACCCAGUUCGUCGAUGAAUAUUAAAAUCUACGGUACUGUAAACUUAACGUACUAUUUUUUUUUUUUAUAUAUAUACGCUUGAAACAUUAACAAAA